AUGAAAGUUACUGUAUUUCUGGAAGUCAGAGGGGCUCAUCCAAACUUUUGUGUGAUAACUGUCAUAAGACAUUCACCAGAAAAGAAAGCCCAUUUGAAGAAAUGUUCCCCUGAGGCUCCUGCAGCUAGAAUUCAGAAGAAAACUCCAUGUUUGAUUAAAGAUUGCGACUUAGAGUUUUGCCACAAAGUGUCUUUAAUUGAUCAUUUGGCUUCUCAUCACCAGCAGGAUAUUACUAUUAAACCGGUUGUGAGCAAAACGUUUCCAUCCAUUAAAGAUUUCAAUCAAUGGAAAGAAAAAGAAGAGCAAGACACUUUCUCCUAUUUUACAUCUAGGAAAGGACAAGCCUCAAGUACGACCAAGUAUUUUUACUGUCAACGUGAUGGGUCAGCAAAAUUGCAUUCCAAACGGAUUACAAGUAGGUGUAACAAGAAAGGGAGAAUUAAGGUUGGGCAUAUCUGCAUUGCCAAAAUGACAGUUCGAGUUGAAAGCAAAGCAGUUCAUUUGGAAUAUUAUCCGACCCACAGCCAUGCCUGUAAAAGAGAAGAUAUAUAUCAUCACCCUCUUCCAGAUGCAAUGUCAAGAUUCAUUGAUGAGAAGCUUGCUAAAAAAAUUCCCGCUACUGUGGUUUAUGAGCUCACUAAAGAUAGAUUUUUGCCUAAGAAUGUUCCCCACAUCCAUGAUACCAAAGCUAGUAUUCUUACCAAGAAUUCUAUUCUUAUUUACAAGCCUUAUAAAAGGAAACUGGUUCAUGGACCUCCUGAAAUUGAUAAGCUUCCUAAUUCUGACGAAUUAUUUAUGUUUGCCUUUCAAACAGAGAGGCAACCAGAUUUGAUGAAGAGACAUUGCUCCAAAAUUCUGGUUGUUGAUGAGACCCAUGGUACAAAUCAAUAUAAAUACCAACUAUUAACUGUCAUAGUAAUUGAUGAUGAUCGUAGAGGCUGGCCUGUGGCUCAUCUCAUAACCAGUAAAUCAGAUCAUCAUACCUUGCAGUAUUUGUUCAAAGCCCUUAAAUCUCGGAUAGGUGAAGAAGUAAGUGUAAACUGUGUCAUAACUGAUGAUGACCCGGCUCUUAUUAACGCUAUGAGUCUAGGAUUUGCUGUGCCUUUAACACAUUUAUUGUGUAAAUGGCAUGUCAUCAAAAACUUGAAAGACAAUUUGAGAUCUAAGGCACCCAGUGAAUUAUUUGAGCCAAUCUUUUCAGAAAUUAAAGUUAUAAUGAAUGCUGAAGAGGAGAAUAUGUUUCUGAAGCUUAAGGCUGGUUUUAUAAACAAAUAUAGCAAUAAUCCGGCAGCCUCUGUGUACAUGGCAUAUUUAAAAAAACACUACUGGAAAAAAGAAAAGAAAUGGGCUAUGUGCUACAGAAAUUUCCCACAUGCUGGAGUUAAUACAACUGGGCACAUUGAGUCUUUCCACAGCAGACUCAAGAGAACUUAUCUGAAGAGGAAAGUCAACAAGAGACUUGAUGAUCUGAUCAACAUUCUCUAUGAUGUGGAGUGGGAUGACCACUGUCGGCGCAUUAGAGAAGCCACUGCUGGACAUAAAAUGGAAGAUCAAAGUGGUGCACAGUCCCGCUCAGACUGA